AUGUUACCUUAUAUAAACUAUGAACAAGCAACAAUCCAAAACAAUCCAACAUGCUUGACACUAUACAAUAAGAUACAUGAUCAACGUCCAUAUAACAUGUAUCAUAGAUAUAGUAAUAAUGACUUUAGAUUAGAUUUAAUAAAAGAUGAAUUAAUGUUUAUUGAUUUCAUUGGUCUUUUAUAUCGAUGUAUCCUUGGCAUUGUGCCUCAUUAUUUAUUGAGCAAAAAAAACCGUGAUCUCAAACAAGGUUUUGAUCUUGAACAAAGUUCAAUGGUUUCAACAGAGUAUGGUGUAGACAGUGCCUUGGUGUUGAAAGACCCUGUAGAUCCAUUCAUUAUGAUUAAUUCAUCAUUAAUCCCCAUCGAUCAAGAAUUAUUUAUAAAUACCUAUGCUAAACCAAUUGCAGUUUACCAUCACCAGGUAGACAAACAAUGUGAUAGAGUUUUAGAUAUCAAAACAAAGUUUGCCUAUACAGCACCCAUUCCACAAGAAAGAAUUACUAGACAAGUUGACUUGGAUGUUGGUACUUUUGCGAUCUUUCAAACCAUUAGUGUAUGGCAUUAG